AUGCGAGGAGAUUUGAAGAGAGUUGUGGAAGUUGCUUUUGCUGUUUGUUGCAGUGCAGCGUGGCUCGGGAGCGGGAUUCUGAGGGAAGUAGUGAAAAUGACGAAAAAGCGUUCUUCCAAUGGUUUCAUGUAUUUCGCCGACGCUCGAAGAGCUUUCUACACGGCAGAGAAUAAAGGUAUGCAUCUGACGGCCAAGAAAUUGGUCGAGAGAGCUACACGGGAUUGGAAAUUGAUGAGCGAAGAGGAACGUCACAAAUGGCGUAGCGAAAGCAGUCGACGUCAUGACGAGAUACCACGGCGUUUGCACACGACCGUUAGUGUGUCUGCUUGCACCGGUAAUCAUGGAUCCUUGUAUGAGCGGCAAGUUUAUCAAAUGCAAUCAAUUUCAAUUAUGAAUAAAUCAAAGAGACGACCAUUAUCCAAACUGGAAUUAUCAUUACAACCGAAACCAUUUUCCUAUCGACUUACAGAAUCAAAGCGUAAAUCACUCCGCCAAAGCAUUUAUCAGAAGUUGGUCUGGAGAGAAAAGGAAGAUAUGGUUCGAGUAAUUUGCUGUACCAUUCUGAAUUCACAGGAAAGCUGCUUGAAGAAGCUAUUACCUCACUUAGUUCGCUUUUUUCUUCACCUCACCGUUGUAUGCCGUGCUUGGUACUGCAAAUCAGUGCUAAACGGUAUCAUAGCUGAAGCAAGCAAAACGGAAGUGCUGGCUCAGAAAAGAUUCGGACUGCUGACAGUUCGGCCUUAUUGCAUCUUCCAGAGCGAUAACGAGCUAAUUUGUCCACCGGCUGAAAUUUGCACUUACGUGAUGAGUCUCAAUGAGGGAAUUGUCAACAGUGAGCGUAUUUUAAUACGUCAUGAUUAUCCCACCAAUCAUCAGUUUUACCAAUUUUCUCGAAUUUCAGAAAAUGGUUUUUCUGAAUUAUCACAAACGCCGAAUCAUUUAAAUGUUCAUCAUGCAUGUCUUCGCAUAGCAAAUGAAAUGAAGGAAUGCUGGGCGAAUCUGAUAUUGGUGCCAGCAUCUCAAUACCAAACUUUGGCUGCAAGCCUAGCCUGGAUUAAACAAAAACGUGAUAUUGCCUUGAAAAGAGACACGACGUCAAUUCGUACAGAGCGCUUAAUAUGCGUGGAGGAUAUGAUUGCCGUCAUUGGACGUAUCGUGGAGACGGAUGUCGAGGAGAACUCACGUUGGGAACAAAAUAUUUUAUCAAAUUUUCGCUAUGCAUGCGAUUUGCACACCACAGCACCUAGCAAAUGUCCAAUGGUUGUCGGGAAAUCUGCAUGUCAGCAUUUUCUGAACAUACUCCGGAAUUUGGUGGACUGCAAUUACCGAACACGUGAGAAAUGUAUUUUUAAAAUUGACGAUGCGAAGCGUUGUUUGAAUCCAACUGCAUGUCCAGUGCGUCACAACCGCAUCAAUCCAUUUCGAGUGGUGUCUCACCGUAAUCCCAAAGAUAAUCACAUCACCAACGAUGAACCAUUUAGUUUGAUUCGACUACGUGCACCGGAUAAGAUGGAAUAUGUAACGAAAUGGUUAAACUCGUUAGAUAUAAAUAUCCAGAUGUUCGAGACUGAUAACAUGGAACAAGGCGAUUUUUAA